GUUACAGAAGAUCAUUAGAAAUUUCGGGAAAUUUCGCUGCUUAUAGAAGCUCGAUCAGACCUUAAAGAAUAAACAACGAAAUGGACCUUCUAAACGACCAGAUCAACCAGUUGGAGAGUGACCUGCAGGAGAUCAGCAAUUUUCUGGAGAAGUCUGAGAGACAGCGUGUCCAAGAUGUCUUGAUACUUGAACAGAAAAAGAUUGAGAAGGAAAUUUCAUUCAAACGACAACAGAUAGAGCAGCAGGCGAAAAGGAAAGCAGAACUAACCUCUGGAUCAAAGACAUACACCGUCAAAAUAAACAAUUAUGGAUGGGAUCAAUCAGACAAAUUUGUCAAAAUUUACAUCACACUCAAAGGAGUACACACAAUUGCACCCGAGAGUGUGGAGGCCACCUUCACAGAGAGGUCUCUUGUUGUUCUUGUCAAAGAACUGGAUGGGAAGAACCAUCAAAUGAUUAUAAACAAUCUUCUUUAUCCUAUUGAUGUGCAGAACAGCUUCACAAAGACUAAAACGGAUAUGGUCUUGGUAAUGUGUAAGAAGACGACAAACAAGAAGUGGGAUUGUUUAACACAGGUGGAGAAACAGACUAAAGAAAAGGAUAAACCCAAUCUAAACCCAGAUGAGAAUGCCGAUCCCAGCGACGGACUGAUGAGUAUGUUAAAAAAGAUGUACACUGAGGGAGACGAUGACAUGAAGCGCACCAUCAACAAGGCUUGGACUGAGUCCCAGGAAAAGAAAGCCAAAGGAGAUGGUGACAUGAACAUGUUUUGAACCUGGUCCACUCACUCAAUCAACCUGCCAACCUUUCACUUUUAUUUUUGUACAUUGAUGAUUACUCAUUCCUUUGACCUCACACGGGUCUUUGGACUGAUUUAAAGGUUUUUUAUUCUGGCCAGCUCAAAUCCUUCCAAGAAGUAAUAACUGCAUUUAAAUUGAAUAAAAAGUGGUCAGAUUACAAGUAAAUUUAAGUCAUGUUUGCACUCAUGUACAUUACACAUUCCAAAAUAAAAUGUUAUCUCU